AUGAGCGUUCAGGGAUUUCAACAAGUUUUGCAAGGACCCUUUGCAAACUAUCUUCAAGCAUCCAGUCACAUCGGUGGAGUUGUUGCCGAACAUGCCAAAAUUGUUCACGAAGCUUUUCAAGCUCAAUUGCAAUAUUUAUCCUUAGCUGCUCAAUCUAGUAAACCGUCACAACCGGAAGAGACGAAAUUGUUACAGCCCACGUCUCAGAAAAUUGAAGCAAUUCAAAGUUUUAGAGAAAAACAUAGGACGAGUGAAUUUUUCAAUCAUUUAUCAGCCAUAUCCGAAAGUAUUCCUGCUUUGGGAUGGGUCGUUGUCAGUCCAGCUCCGGGUCCUUUCGUCAAAGAAAUGAACGAUGCCGGACAAUUUUUCACCAAUCGAGUUCUUAAAGAAUGGAAAGAAAAGGAUAAAAUUCACGUGGACUGGACGAAAGCGUGGGUUCAAACACUUUCGGAAUUGCAAGCGUUCGUCAAACAAUAUCACACGACCGGUUUGGUUUGGGGCGGCACGAAUCCUCCGAAAGUAAGCGGUAAUGCACCGCCGCCGCCACCCGGUGGUAGCGUUCCACUUCCGCCACCUAUGCUCGACCUUCUGGGAGACGGAGCACCGACGAUGAACGCGGGACAAGAUAGAAGCGCACUUUUUGCAGAAAUAAAUCAAGGGGAAAACAUAACGAGAAAUUUGAAACGAGUCACGCCGGAAAUGCAAACGCAUAAAAAUCCCGCCAUGAGAGCAGGACCGGCUCCGUUUAAACCUCCACCUCCCGUCUCUAUACAGAAUCAAACUCCGAGACCGUUCAAAGCGACGAGUCCACCGGAAAAACCCGCCAGAUUCGGUAGAGAAGGAAAAAAAUGGUUUAUCGAAUAUCAAAAGGGUAAUCAUCAACUCGUCGUGGACAAUGCGGAAAUGAACAACGUCGUGUACGCAUUCAAAUGCACGGAUUCGACUCUCGUCGUCAAGGGUAAAAUCAAUUCGAUAUUUUUGGAUUCGUGUAAGAAGACUGCUGUCGUUUUCGACAGCGUCGUAUCCAGCAUCGAAUUCGUCAAUUGUCAAUCCGUUCAAAUGCAAGUAUUGGGUGCCGUGCCGACGAUAUCCAUCGACAAAACGGACGGUUGUCAAAUUUAUUUAAGUCAAGACUCUCUCAACGUUGAAAUCGUAUCGUCAAAAUCGUCGGAAAUGAACGUGCUCGUACCAACGGGAACGGGAGAUUUCAAAGAGUUUCCGGUUCCGGAACAAUUCAAGACAACGGUGAGCAAACAAGGUUUGACUACGACAGCCGUCGAAAGCAAGGGUUAA